UACCCAUGUGGGUUCAAUGUUGAUUUGCUUCUGAGGUGGAGAGAGAAUUACUAUCUACAAUUAUCGUUUACUUUGAAACGCUGUUUGCCGCGUUUCAUCAUGUCGUCGUCAUUCUUCAUAAAGACAAAGCAAAACCCUAAAUUAGCCAAAAAGGGGAAAAACACAGCUGUGUCAAAACGAAAGAACGAUGGCGAUUCAGCCGGUAAGAGCAAAGUACCAGCUAAGAAACCCAGCUCGAAAUACAACGAAGAGAUUUCCAGCGACUCAGAGACAGAGAGUUCUGCUGAGCCCAAGAAAAGACAGACCAACGUAGAUUAUGAAUAUGAUGAAACACCACAGGAGAAGAAACUUAGAUUAGCUAAACAGUACCUUGAACAAUUAAAGGAAGAAGAGGAAAAGAAGGCAGAGGACGAGUCAUUUGAGACUGAAUUGAUUGCCGGCAGACUUCAAGAACAAGUGCUUGAACAAAAAGGAAAGCUUCAGCGACUUAUUGCCAAAGAUAUCCUGCCACCAGAUGCCUCAGAGAUACGAGUGUUAAGAGGACACAAACUUCCAAUAACAUGUCUGGUCAUUACUCCUGAUGAUAAAUGCAUCUUUUCUGCUGCCAAAGACUGCUCAAUCAUCAAAUGGGAUGUUGAGAGUGGAAAGAAGCUACAUACAAUACACGGUGGAAGGAAAGGCACAGAAGAUCGGCAUGUGGGACACACUGCGCACAUCCUGUGUAUGACCAUAUCAUCAGAUGGAAAAUACUUGGCAACAGGAGACAUGAACAAGCUGAUCAUGAUUUGGGAAGCUGAAACAUGUAAACAUCUAUACAAAUUCACAGGACACAAGGGACCUGUUUCUGGUCUUUCAUUCAGAAAGGGAACUCAUGAUUUGUACAGCGCCUCUCAUGAUCGUUCAGUCAAGGUCUGGAACGUGGAUGAAAAUGCUUAUGUUGAGACUCUCUUCGGGCAUCAGGACAUCAUUACAGGACUGGACAGCCUGAGUCGAGAGUGCUGUGUGACCGCUGGAGGAAGAGAUCGCACUGUGAGAGUGUGGAAGAUAGCAGAGGAGUCACAGCUUGUGUUUCACGGCCACGAAGGAUCAAUUGAUUGUAUUCAACUCAUAAAUGAGGAGUACAUGAUCACAGGAGCUGAUGAUGGCUCUGUGUCUCUUUGGAGUGUCAACAAGAAGAAGCCUCUCAGCACGGUGAAGCAGGCUCACGGUUGCCAUGGCGACGCAGGGCUGGAGCAGCCUCAUUGGGUAGCUUCAGUGGCAGCACUUCAGAACUCGGAUACCGUAGCCUCAGGUGCCUCUGGCUGUUCCCAUAAUUCACAGAUCCAACUGUGGAAAUGUGGGCACAAUUACAGAGGCCUGGAGCCUCUCUUCAGUGUGCCUUUGUCUGGUUUUAUCAACAGUCUCAAGUUUUCCAGCUCAGGCCAGUUCUUGGUGGCAGGUGUUGGACAGGAGCACAGGUUGGGCAGAUGGUGGAGACUAAAAGAAGCCAAGAAUGGGAUCUAUAUUAUUCCUCUCAAGAGGAAGCUGCUUAAUUCAGAGGAAGCUAAUGUAUCUGAACAGUAGACCUUUUUUAUUAAUAAAAUUUAAAUGUUUCAUGUUUUGCUAUUGUUUUCUUGUAAGAAAUUGAAGCAUAUUUUCUAAACACAGUAAAUAACUUGCUGGUGCUCAUG